AGGCAGUGUGUUAGACCAGGCCCUGGAAAGCCUCUUGCAUCGACUCCGAGGUCUAUGUGACAACAUGGAACCAGAGACCUUUACUGAUCAUGAGCUGGUUUAUCUUCUGAAAGGCCAACAAGGCAACCCUUUCAUUCUGCGUGCCCGCCGCUCCCUCUCCCAUCCCACGGCUCCAUGGCAUCUACGCUACCUUGGGCAACCUGAAGUGGGGGACAAGAGCCGUCAUGCCCUGGUGCGCAACUGUGUUGAUGUGGCUGCCUCUCACAGCCUGCCAGAAUUCCUCAAUGAGAUGGGCUUCCGCAUGGACCAUGAGUUUGUGUCCAAUGGGCAUAUAUUUCGCAAAGGUGUGAUGAAAAUUGUGGUAAGCAAACUGUCACGGAUCCUGGUACCGGGGAACACGGACAACAUAGAACGUCUAUCACUUUCAUACUUAGUGGAACUGAGUGUGUUGGCUCCCGCUGGACAGGACACUGUUUCAGAGGACAUGCGCAGCUUUGCUGAGCAACUUAAACCCCUGGUUCACCUAGAGAAGAUUGACCCCAGCAAACAAAGACACUGAAUGAGAUAAUUACUACCCUGGACACAUUAGAACUCUUAUUUGUUUUGUAUGUUUGUUUGUUGUUUGUUUUUUUUUGUUUGUUUUUUUACAAUAUUCUCAUGUUAUCUAAAAUGAAAUACAGCACAACUUUGACUUAAAAGUUA